AGUAAAAUGUAGUACGUUGUGCUAGGCUUAAACUGCUUCUCCACCACUGAAGGCCUAUAUGCGAGUGGUCUUCGAGCUUUUUAUUAGGUACUUAAAUGUAUCUUUGUUUAAAUAUUUUAUUUUCUUUAUAUUUAUUUUCUCGAAUUGUAACGCAUUGACUUAUCAAGAUUCCGCUUUUUGCGAGAAUACCCAUUCAAUCAUACUAGACAUCUUUCGUGAUGAGCAUGAGCAAUGUUCCAGUUAUGAAUUUGUUCAGGAAGACAUAAAUUCUGAUAUAGUCUCGAAAAAUUCACGAGAUUUUGAGGCAACUAGUCUCCCGGUUCAGUUUGAUCUUGCUGAAAAGCCAUCGCCAUCCAUGGAGGAUUUAUCAAUGAACGAAACUACUUCAUUAGAAAAUCCAAGCAGAAUGAUGGCAUCAACUUCCGUCAAGACAGGUUUUGAGUCUGCAAGUUUGGAACAGCCAAGUCCGCAAGCCUCUAUCUAUACCACUGUUACGGAUGAAGCUUACAAUGAGAGUGCAUUUGAAACAAAGGAUAAUUUUCAAUCUCAAGGCUGCAUCGAAACAAGUCCUGCUUCGAAAGAAGGCAUUUCAUCUGAGGCCCCAAUUGCGACUCAUGUAGCAUCUGAAGAAAAGCGUUUUAAUUUUGCUUCGACUGACUGUGCCGCAGCAGUUUUGAAAACUAACCCUGAAGCUGAGGGCGCUUCCUCUAUCUUAACUGAGAACAAGGAUAAAUACAUGUUGAACAAAUGCUCCGCCGCAAAGAAGUUUGUGAUUAUAGAACUAUGUGAGGAUAUCUACGUUGAUACAGUCCAAAUUGCAAAUUUUGAGUUUUUUUCAAGCAUUUUCCGAACAAUCCGUAUCAGCGUUAGCGGAAAAUACCCGAAGCACGAAUCCUCAUGGAUGGAGCUUGGCACCUUCACUGCGAUGAAUUUGAGAACUCUGCAGUCUUUCCACAUAGAAAACCCUCUAAUAUGGGCUAAGUAUAUGAAGAUUGAGGUAUUGAGUCACUACGGUUCUGAAUUUUACUGCCCAUUAAGCUUAGUUCACGUUUUCGGUAAAACUAUGAUUGAAGAAUUUGAAGAGGAAAAUGAAGAUGAAUAUUCUAAUGGUUCUAAUCCUUCUCAAAAUAUCCAAGCUGACAGUUUGAACGCUAAAGCAAAAAACGAUAGCCAAGCUUUUCAAUCCGAGCAGACCGCUUCGGCAUCGAAUACUGUGCAAACCGAAAUCUAUUCUCAAAAUUCCGCCAUGACUGCCAUGAAUGCAGCAACUUCGAGCCCUCCAGAAUCGAAAAACAGUGUGAUUGAGGAAGAUCAGGGUCUUUGUAAUAGUUAUAAAGACUACGUUACGAGUUCUUUAUCCUCUUCAAUUGUCACAGGUAAUGUAACAUCUUCUGCAGCAGUGUCUUCUCCUUUUCCCACGACAACCCAUCAUUUGAACCAAGAAAGUGUUUAUAAAAACAUAAAUAAGCGUCUUUAUACUUUGGAAGAAAGAAAAAAGGUGUUUGAUGAAGCUAUUCAGAAGGUGUUGAUAUCAUUUGGAAAACACGAUGCGAAACAACUGAACUUUUCGGGUUUACUAAAUGAAAUUAGCAUGUCCUAUAGGGAAGAAUUUGAGCAUUUGCGAUACCAAUCUCAGAGGCUUCAAUCCUCUUUUUAUAUACUUCAAGCUCGAUUAGAGUUGGCUUCUGCAGAAAACGAGUUUAUCCAAAGAAGAAUUCAGUCACUGAGUGACGAUUCAUCUUUCCAAAAAAGAUUAUUGGUGCUCCAGUUAACCCUUUUAAUCGUCCUAGUGGUAUAUAUAGCUGUAUCAUACUUUCCAGCAAAUCCUUCUGUCAAUGGUAAUGUGCUGCUGCAAUCCUCAUCUGUUACUCCAACAUUUGAUUCAAAUGAUGACUACCGUCAUGCAUAUCCUAUGGAUAGGUCUGAACUCACUGUAAGCCAUCCUUCGUUUAACUCAAAAUCAUCGAAUGAUUCCUCUGUUGUAUAUAAAUUUACUGAAAAUACAGACGAUGAACAACCGUCUCGAUCUAAUAUUGUCCCUGUUCCACGAAUGAAGCCCCCGGCCAUGAAGAAGUUUCUUCAUUCUCGAAGCUACUCCGUUUAUUAAUUAAUUGUUUCUUAAGAAAUCAUUAUAAUUUUAGAAUAUAUGAGUUAAUAGCAAUAAUAUCAUUAAUUACAUUCAAAUUUGAGACUCAGAAC